AUGCUCUCGAGAGUUUGUUUGCUAAUUGCGCUGGCUGUAAUUUAUCUGAACCUGCUGAGCGGCGAGACUAUGUACGAUGUGUGCGUCGCGCAAGCGAAAAUUCAACAAAACAAGACGGCGGUCAAGAAUUGCCGGGAUAAGCUGAACAGUUAUAUGAAGUGGAGACAGGAGAAUGAUGAGUAUUAUUUGAAUGUGAGUUUGGCUAUCAUCAAUUGGAGUUGCCUUGUAAACUUGUGCCGUUUUUCACUGAAAUCUAAAGCUCGCUCUUCAAUUUUUUAUGUAUCAGGCUGUUAAAAAAUCCAAGGGCCGCUUAUCAUUUUAUUCUUAUAUAUCCGUCUGUCGGGAAAAUAAUGUGGAUUUGUCGCAGAAAAAUGUCUCGCCUUGUCGCAGUAAUGCAUCAAAUCUCCAGCCGCGGCUAGCCGCCCCGAAACGAUGAUGGGCGAUUCCAAGGGGCGAUAAAUCCACAUUAUUUUCCCGACAGACUGAUAGAUAAGUAAAAAAUUGAUAAGUGAGCCUUGGAUUUUGAUAAAAUACGGCAUAAAUUUACAAGGGAAGCACUAGCCGGUUCGUAAAGUCGCUGGAGUCAUUUUUUGGCGAUCGCACUGUGCGGGAAAAUUCGGCAUCUCCUCGAAGUGCAACGCUCAGAUUUUCCUUAGAUUUUGCACACACUUAUUGCCACAUAUCCCUGAAAUUUUUACGGCCGAGGGAGCAGACAAAAAGCGGAGACUGGUCAGAGAAAAAAACGCUUUUUUGGCCGUAUCUUCGCCGGUUUUGAGAGGAAAGAGUUGAUUUUUUGUGGAAAAAUUAUCGUCUACGGUAGAAAUAGGCAUAAAACUUUUCAUCGUAAAAUUUGCAAAAAAGUGCUACAUUUUUACCAACUUUCGAUCUAAAAAUCUCAAUGCUUUUCUGCAAAGCACAGGCUAAAAAUCUCGAGUAUGUUUUAAAAAAUGCAAUAAGCAUCGCAUUCCCUUCAUAAAGAUUCCUUUUACUCUAUAAAAAUCGACAUUAUAUGUGUGCUGUAAUACUAUUGUAUCUGUCAUUACAGAUGUACACCUCGGACGAGAAACAUCCCCGUGAACAAUUCCCCCCAAACAUUAGCGUCCCGAACGUAAUCCGCUACCGAAUUCGCCUCUGUAUUUUGUGGGACAGUGAUUGUGAAAGUCGAAAGGAAAUUCUCCAAAAGUCCCCACCUUUUAAUGAGACUUAUGAUGGUCAAUACAGCCCAUACGCUGAUGUUGACUUUUAA